GUUUGCAGUAAAAUAAACCUUGUUAAGAAAUAGACGGGGUCGAGGGUAGGCGCGUUUUGGUGGCUUGUUGGGGAUUUGGGAAUAGGAGUCAAGCAAAGAAAAGUGGGGAGAGGAGCAAAAAAUGCAUGCUUAAGGUUUCCCGGUGGACUGAAUAGGUUUCAAGGAUGAAGAGGAAGCGAAUGACUUCCAGAGUCCAGCCUGACGAGGCAGGGACUCAACCUGACCUGCGCUGGGAACACGAGAUCAGUGGCAACCAAUGGCAGGUAUUCCCACCUGAGCAGAGUGAGAUCCUGAGCCAAGCAAUUCGGGCACAGAAACUGGCCGAAAACUUAGGAGACGACCAAGUGGACCUGUGCAGGAUGUUGCUGCGGAACAAGGAGAGCGGCCUGGAGAACCGUGUCCGUGUGGCUGUCUGUGAUCAGAAAUCCUAUUUCGUCUGGCAAUGGGAAGGAGACCAGGAAAAUGAGUGGAUUCCAUACCCUGCUGCUACCUGCUUGGAUUUACAGGCAGCCAAAAAUGGUGACCGGGAACCCACAGUGGACUUGACAUUCGGUCAGAAAUGCUACAAGCUGGACACGGCCCGCAUGGUGCAGACAAACCAGCAGACUAAAUUUGAACGUCGGAUGGAAUACAAGGAGUCAGAUGCAACAGAGGCAGAGGUGGGAUCCCUGCUGAGCAGCAGUGAUUUGGAGGCCAGUACAUUGGUUCCUGCUAAGAAGUCCCAGACUGAAUUAGAUGCCCCUACAUCUCGGGGGCAAGGAGAUGGGAUGGAGGCAGUAAAAACAUUGACCGUGAAGGGAAAAGCUCCGGUUGACCCAGAGUGCAAAGCCAAACUGGGAAAAGCUCAUGUUUAUUGCGAAGGAGAUGACAUUUAUGACGUGAUGUUGAAUCAGACAAACCUUCAAUUCAACAACAAUAAAUAUUAUCUCAUACAACUGUUGGAAGAUGACAAUGCACAAAGUUACAGUGUCUGGAUGCGCUGGGGGCGCGUGGGUAAGUCUGGCCAGAACUCCCUCGUUCCUUGCUCUGGAGAUUUAGCAAAAGCCAAAGAAGUGUUCGCCAAAAAGUUCCUAGACAAAACCAAAAAUGAAUGGGACAAACGGGCUAACUUCCAGAAGGUCGCAGGCAAAUAUGAUCUUCUUCAUCUGGACUUUGAAGCCAAAGAUGCUAAGAAUUCAGGAGCUGCCCCCGAGAACACAGUCUCCAAACCCCCGCCGGUUUCCCAGCUGGACCUAAGGUUGCAGGCUUUGGUAGAACUGAUAUGUAAUAUUCGCACGAUGGAGGAAAUGGUGAUCGAGAUGAAGUACGACACCCGAAAAGCUCCAUUAGGAAAGCUGACAGCUGAACAGAUCAAGGCAGGGUACCGGUCAUUACAGAAAGUGGAAGCUUGUCUGAAGCGGAGUCAGACUGGUUCUGUCCUGCUGGAAGCUUGCAAUGAAUUCUACACACGGAUCCCCCAUGAUUUUGGGCUGAAAACACCACCACUUAUAAAGACAUUAAAGGAACUCCAAGACAAGGCACAGCUGCUGGAGGCUCUCGGUGAGAUCCGUAUUGGUAUCAGACAUAUGCAAUCAGAACAAUUGGAUCUGGAACAUCCUUUGGACCGGAGCUACAGGAGUCUUGACUGUGAACUCCAACCCUUGGAAAAGGCCAGCGAUGUUUUCCAGGUACUGGAGCGCUACUUGCUCUCCACCCAUGCUCCCACCCACAAGAAUUACACGAUGACCCUGAUCGAGGCCUUUGAAGUGAACAAAAAAUGCUCAGAAGCCACCUUCCGUUUUGACCUGCCCAAUAGGAUGCUGCUGUGGCACGGAUCUCGGCUGGGUAACUGGGCAGGGAUCUUGAGCCAGGGGUUACGUGUGGCACCACCAGAAGCUCCCGUCACAGGCUACAUGUUUGGAAAAGGCAUUUACUUUGCGGACAUGUCCUCUAAGAGUGCCAAUUACUGUUUUGCCACUCGCGAGAAAGAUAUCGGCUUCCUCCUGCUGUCAGAGGUUGCUCUAGGAGAAUGCAAUGAACUGUUGGAGGCCAACCCAGAAGCAGAAAAAUUACCAGUCAGCAAACACAGUACCAAAGGCCUUGGCAAAAUUGCCCCAUCCGGUCGUGUUUCUUUGCAUGGUGCAAUUGUUCCCGUGGGCCCAGCUAAAGAAACCGGGAUAUCAAACUCUAAUGGCUACACCCUGAAUUAUAAUGAGUUUGUGGUCUAUGAUCCCUGCCAGGUGCGUAUGAAGUACCUUCUCAAGGUGCGCUUCAAUUUUACGCAGCUUUGGUGAACGGAGAAAAAAACUCAGAGAAAGACUGGCAUAAGAAUGACAUCUUGAAGCACAGAUGGUUUUCUUUUGAGAUGGAUGCUUUCUACCUGAGAGACUGAAGAGCUGACGCCGACUUUGUUUUGCAGUUAGAAAACUUUUGUGUUUUAAUUUACAUUUCUGUUAACGAAGUUGGCUCCUGACUGACAAAAAAGAUGCCGUGAAGGAAAGCUAAUCCUCAGGGUUUCUAGUUGGUCAUUAUUUUGGGGGGGGGACGAUCUGCAGAUUCUGGUAGAAGUACAGCAAUUGCUUGAAAUUUUUGUAAAAUAAAAGAAUAAAUGUC